AUGGAGCUGAAUAGAGAAGAAAACAAUUGUGGAUACGACAGCAAAAAAACUAAAACCAGAUCCCAAGCGAGAAGCAAGCGAAAUAUAAAAGCGAUUGAAGCCAGAGACCAAGUGCUCGUCGACAUAAAUUGGUCAAUUUCGGAUUAUGUCUCACAAUUCACAAUUCACACACAUCACGCGAAACGCCAGACGAAACUUCCUCAAAAAACAAGAAGAGGAAAUAUUAAAAUAAUAGGGCCGGCAAAAGCAUAA